AUGCUAGAAUGUUGAAAGAUUUCAAAUUCAUGCGUCGAAAUUCUGGCAAGACUGAGGAAAUCGAGAAUGUACCUGUGGAUCCCAAGGAUUCAACAACUGCUCAGAGCGUCGCUGACAGUUCUAGACCUCCGUUAAAUACAAUCCAAGAUCCUUUACAUAUCCCCAAACCCGAGCAAGAUGUGGCUUCUCAAAACAAGAUUAACAGGACUCCUAAGGCUAAGGGCAAGGUUUCUGAAUCAGCAUUACCUCUGCGGACGCCGGAUAAGCUUGGCAGUAGCUUAAUGGCAAAGAACCGGUUUGGCUGGGCUCAGAAGAAUGAACCCGCCUCAGUAUAUGGUGAUCUGCGUGAUGAUAGAAGAGGCACUGCGGGUUUUGGAAAUGGGGGUUUGGUGAAUGCAACUCCUCGGUCGGCAACUCGCACCGCAGGAAGGGCUACCAUGAGUUGUUCUGAGAGCAACUCAACGCAAAGCACACCAUCAAAAAGUGUCACUAAGCCUCCGAAUUCAGGUAUUCGGUGCAAGGCUGAGGGAAACUUUAAUGCUCGCCUAGGGAAUUAUGCUGCAUUGUACAAAGGGAUUCCUAGUUCAUCUGGUCCGCCUACUGUUGUUAAUACCGUCGAAGUGCCUCACUUUGAUCUAAAAGAAGAUACAUCAUUUUGGAUAAAUCACAAUGUACAGGUAAUUAUAAGAGUUCGUCCUCUCAAUAGCAUGGAGCGGGCCAGCCAAGGAUAUAACAGGUGUUUGAAACAAGAAAGUGCUCACAGCAUAACUUGGAUCGGGCAACCUGAAACUCGUUUCACUUUUGAUCACGUUGCGUGUGAAACAAUAGACCAGGAAACUGUUUUCAGAAUGGCUGGUCUACCGAUGGUGGAGAACUGCCUCUCAGGAUAUAAUAGCUGUAUGUUUGCAUAUGGACAGACUGGAAGCGGGAAGACAUACACGAUGCUUGGUGAAAUUGAAGAUUUAGAUGUGAAGCCUAGUCCACAACGCGGAAUGACUCCACGCAUUUUUGAAUUUUUAUUUGCUAGGAUCCAAGCUGAAGAGGAAAGCCGAAGGGAUGAGAACUUAAAAUACAAUUGCAAAUGUUCCUUCUUGGAGAUUUAUAAUGAACAAAUCACGGAUCUCCUCGAUCCCUCAUCUACUAAUUUGCUUCUGCGGGAGGAUGUCAAGAUAGGUGUUUACGUUGAGAAUGUAUCUGAGUUUGAAGUUCACACUGUGAGUGAUAUCAUAAGGCUUCUAACUCAGGGAUCCGCAAAUAGAAAAGUUGCAGCAACAAACAUGAAUAGAGAGAGCAGUAGGUCCCACAGUGUUUUUACAUGUGUGAUUGAGAGCAGAUAAAAGGAUUCCACAACUAACUUUCGUUUUGCAAGGUUAAACCUGGUUGAUUUAGCUGGUUCAGAAAGACAGAAAACUUCUGGUGCUGAUGGUGAGCGUUUAAAGGAGGCCGCUAGUAUCAAUAAAUCAUUAUCUACCUUGGGUCAUGUGAUAAUGAUACUAGCAGAUGUGGCACAAGGAAAAAUGAGGCAUGUUCCUUAUAGGGACUCGAAGCUAACAUUUCUUCUUCAGGACUCCCUUGGUGGAAACUCAAAAACAAUGAUCGUUGCCAAUGUCAGCCCUUCUAUCUGUUGUGCAGCUGAAACACUGAAUACACUUAAAUUUGCCCAGAGAGCAAAACUUAUUCAGAAUAAUGCUGUGGUAAAUGAAGAUUCUACGGGAGAUGUCAUUGCUCUGCAGCAACAAAUACGACUUUUGAAGGAGGAGCUUUCUACCCUCAAACAUCUGAAUGUCUCCAGGUCCUUGUCAUUUGGUGGGGCACCUGUCAAAAUUAUGAAAGAAGCACUGGAAGGAAGCUCAGAAAAUGCAUUUGAGGUAGAGAAACAGCAUGGUGAUAAUAUGCUUGAUUGCCAAUCCAAGGGAAUCAAAAUGUCCAGCAAACAGUUGAAAUCACUGGAGGCAACUCUUGCUGGUGCUUUGAGAAGAGAGCAGAUGGCAGAAACUUCUAUCAAGCAACUAGAAGCAGAAAUUGAACAAUUAAACCGAUUGGCUCGUCAAAGAGAGGAAGACGCCAGGAGUUGCAAAAUGAUGCUUAAGUUUCGGGAAGACAAAAUUCGAAGGACGGAAUCCCUUCUUGCUGGUUCUAUUCCUAUAGAUAUCUACUUGCAAGAAGAGAAUAAAGCAUUGUCUGAUGAGAUUCAGCUUCUUCAGGCCAAACUUGACCGAAAUCCCGAAGUUACACGGUUUGCAUUGGAGAACAUCAGGCUUUUAGACCAGCUUAGGAGGUUUCAAGAGUUCUAUGAAGAAGGGGAGAGGGAGAUUUUACUGGCAGAAUUGUCCUCUAUGCGGGAUCAGUUGCUUCAAUUUCAUGAAGGGAACUCAAUGCAGAGUAAUCCGAAUUUCAGCCCGCAGCCUCAGAAGGUCCCAUGCAGUAAGAAAGAAGACGAUUCUGUCAAUCUAGAGCUAAGAAACGCUCUCAACGAGUUAGAGGAAUGCAGGCGUAACUUGAAUUGUUGCUUGGAGGAGAACGCAAAACUUAGCAGGGAAAUAGAUUCUCUUCACUCAAUGGUGAGCAGCAUAAAUGCCACACAGGAUUCUAUAAAGGGGCCAUCCCAUGAAGCUGAGGCAAUCCCGCCUAAGAUGAUGAAGGGCAGAAAUGAACCCCCGAUAGCUAAACACACAGAAGAUAUCCUGAAUUUGCAGCUGGAAUUAGAUAUACUGAAGAUCAUUUUGAAAGAGGAGAGGUCUUUGCGUGGCUUGAUGGAGGAGCAAACAACAUGCUUAAAUACAAAUCUUGAAAUAGAAAAAGGCGAACUUUUGCAGACAAGAAAACAGUUGAAGGAAGCAAAAGACGAGCUGAAGGAGACAAAAUCUGUUAUUGACGCUUUGGAAUCACAGCAAAUUUUAUCAUUUGAUGAGAUGGAGGACAUAAAGAACAAGAAUAGCGAUUACAUGGAGCUUCUGAGGAAACAGGAGCUUGAAAUCAGGGCCUUGAAGAACCAACUUGCUUCCAAAGAAUUAAGAGAUAAUAUACCUGCAAAGCAUUUGGAGGUAGAAAGCAAAUCCUCAUUGCAGACAAAACUGAAAAGGAUGCAUGAUUCGCUCGAAAAAGCCAAGCAACUGAAUAUGUUAUACCAAAGUGAUCGUUCAUUUCAAAUUUCUAAUGAAGAAGAGAUGGAUGAAAUCAGACGGCAGGCUGAGGCUGAAACUGCUGAGGCGAUUGUCUGUAUGCAAGAAGAACUUGCCGCGCUCCAACAUCAGAUACAUGACAGUCAUUUAAAAGAACUAGAAAUGAAAGAGAGAAUACUGCAUUUGGAAAGCGAACUGAAGGAGGUGCAGGAAGCAUUGUUCACUACAAUGAAUGACAGGGGACAACUAAGCGAAGAGCUUGAGGCCAGAGAUCAGGAACUACAAUCACUGGCUGAAGAAUGCGAACUGCUAACCUCCGAGAUUGAAGAGAUUCUUGCUGAUGGAUGCGAGGCACUCCUUGAUGCCUCUGAUCAAGUUGACCAUAUAUGCAAGUCAUUUCCACAGAAAAGGAUCUGGAUUUCGGAACAAGUCGGCAUGAUGGUAAGAAAAAUCUCUGAAAAGGAAUUAUUAAUUGAUGAACUCAGCAAAUGUCUUGAAGACGCAAGCAAUAAAAGAAGUGAUAUGGAAUGUAUGCUGAAGUCUUUAAGAAGUGCAGCGCUGGUAAUUACUGAAGCCCACCAGAAAGAGUGCACUGAGAAAGACAAAGAAAUUCACCUAUUGACAUCACAACUAAAUGGCAAGAUAUCCACUAUGACGAAACUAGAGGAGCAGCUAAAAUUGGCAGAAGAGCAUAUAAGAAAAGCAUCAAAUUGUGCAACUGUUGCUUUUGUGAUCGUGAAUAGAUUGUCAGAAGUGAAUCUUGGUUGCCUUGAUGAUCUAAAGCAAAAGGAUCUUUUGCUCAGUGAAUUAGCAGAGAUCAACCAGAGGAAGGAUGUCCUUCUCAACGAUCAGUCCAUUUCAAUUGUACAAGCAGAGAGACGCAUGGCAGAAUUGGAGGAAAGCUGUGAUAAUUUGAGGAAGAAUCUUUGUGAGGAGCAGGAGCAUUCUAGUGCUCUGGAACAAAAGCUUAAAGGUAUUGAAACAAAUGCCAUAUCAGAUACAAGGGAGCAACUUGCGGCAUUGCAAGAAGGUGUGUCCUCAGUCAGGUCAUCAAUGGCCUCAUAUGCAGAGCAUUCUAAAUUUCUUGAUUCUAAAAAUUCCUUGGAAGUGGGCUCGCAACAUUUUGAAGGCAAGGGUGGAGCAAGGACAGGUACUGGAGCAUAUCCAAACAAUAAUUUAGAUACAAAUUCUGUUGAAGAGUCGAUAAUUGACCUGGCAGAUUGUUCCUUUAAUUCUGUGAAAAGUGGAAAGGAUACAGAAGACCAAAAAUCCAGAAAAUUUUGUCAGGAUGGUUAUGCAAGAGAUGUUACAAUUACACUAUUGAAAAAGGAAAUAGAGCGUGCUCUGGGAAGCUUAAAAGAGGUGCAAGAUGAGAUGGCCAGACUUCAUCAAGAGAAAAAAGAGAUGUCAAUGUCUGAAAAGCAGAGUCAGCAAAGCAUCAAGUGCCUCACAACUGAGCUACAUGCCAUUCAAGCGGCUAUGAGUGACUUUGAAGAACAAUCCAAGAUCAAAGUUCAGGCACUGAGUGAUAAGGUCAAAGAACUAGAGGAAACUCUGAAGGAAGAUGGCCGUCAUUGGCAUCAAUCGAAAGAGUGGCUUGAAAUGGAAGUUGGUGAGGCAAAGAUCAUUGCCGCUCAGAAAGCUGCAGAGACUUCUUGUAUUCGUGCCAAAUUUGAAGAAGCCCAAGAAACAACGAAAGAAGCGGAUAUCAUGAUCAAUGAAUUGAUGAUAGCUAAUGAGUCAAUGAAACAUGAUAUAGAAAGACUUAAAGAAGCGGAAGUCAUAUUAAUCAACGAGAAGGGUCUCUUACUGAGGGAGAAAGAGAGUUUUCUAUCUGUUAUUAAUAUAAAGAAUAAAGAGAUAGAAGACAUCGUUGAAACAAAUCUGAUAGAGACAAAGAAUAUCCUUGAGGUGUUCGAUGAUGUCAUCAAAGAAUUCCAAUCCACUGUGAAGGAAAACUUCAUCUCCUUAGGGUGUGAUUUCCAGUGCAUUAAGUCUCAGUUUUCAUAUUCAACUAAGCUACUACAAUCAUGGCUUGAAAAGGUCUGGUCUGAAAUUGUUGUUAAGGAUUGUACUCUCUCUGUGUUACAUCUCUGUCACAUUGGAAUUCUACUAGAAACAGUGACAGGGCUACAUACAGAGAAUGGUCUGCUUUCACACGGGCUGUGCGAAUCAAACUCCCUCAUCAGUGACCUGAAAGAGCACAAUUCUAAAACAAGAAAAGAACUGGAGAUGUUCAGCAUACUGAAGAGAAAACUACUUGCUGACAUCAAGAACAGUUUUGAUCGGAUUUCCAGCAAGGAAAAAGAAGCCAGUGAAAUCACCAUCAACUUGAACAAUUUUGAGAAGAAGAUAUCAGACCUACAACUUCAAGAAGAAAUGAUGUUGCAAAGGUCUAAGGAAAUGGAAUCUCAACUUGCUGAAUUGAUGAGAGAAUCGGACUUGAGUAAUACAGAUGUUGUGACAUCCCUUUUAGAUCAAGAGCAAAUACUUGAACAUAAGGUAGAGGUCCUUGAAUCCCAAGCUGAAGUUUUCAUGGCAAGUUGGUACUGCAAAGACUUUGAGUCACUCAUUUUUGCUUUGGAACUAGAAAAUCUAGCCUGUCAAAUAGACGAUAAAGAGGAUGACUUGAUGAUGUGUUCUAAGCUGAGUGAGCAUUUGAAGGAAGAAGUAAUUUGUUUCCAGCUAGAAGCAGAGUUUGCAGCACAGAUUUUGAGGGACACGGAAGUUGAGCUUUCUGUGCUUAAAGGCGAAAUUCAACAGAAAGAAGGGGAGAAGAAAGACUUGCUGUCAGAGCUGAACCAGAACGAGUUAAAGCUUGCUGAGAUGGGUGAAGUGAACAAGUCCCUCCAACAACAUAUUGAGUUUCUAGAAGAUGAUGCUCGUUCAAAUAAUGCAUUGAAGGGUGAACUUGGUAAAAUAACGGAAGACAAGAAAAGACUGAUGGACAAGAAUUUAGAUCUUGAAACUGAAUAUGAUAAGCUAAUUCAGAAUCUUAUCGAAAAGGAUGUUUCCUUAACCUUGUUUUGUCAUCAGAUUUCUGUUCUCGAUCAACAAAACGAAGAAUUGCAUAAAGUUAACCAGAUGCUGGAAAAUUCGUCUGGCAGACUUCAGAAUGAGCUGGACAUCAGGAAUGAAAAGUUAGAUAGACUACACAGCUUGGGGAAUGAGAAUGAAUCACUGAGAAACGGGGUGGAAAUUUUAAAGACUGGUAACGGCUUACUUCUUCAAUCCUUGGACAAGCGAAUUUCUGAUUUUAAACGACUGUCAAGGUGCCAGGAUCUCUUUGAUAAGGAAAAUUGUUUGCUGCAUGAUUUUAUAAGUUCUUUAGAGUGUCACAUUGACAGUCUACAGACUGAUCUGGAGACAGAAACUAGAAAGCUGAGUGAUAUCGUAGGUUCUCAAUCUGUCACGAUUGAAGAAAUAAGGUUUAAAUGCCAGGAAUUUCAGAAUUAUGUUGGCACUGUAAACAAAAUGAAGGAAGAAAAUGCUUCUUUGCAAAAAAGAACUCAGCUAUACGAGAACAUACUGUUGAGUUGGGAAGCGGUCAGACCAGUUGAUUUGGUGAAAACUAUUGAGAUGAAGUUUGGCAGAUUAUCCGAGACACUGAGAGAAGGAAGUCUUAUAAUGACAGACAACAUUAUUCGUGGCCAUUGUGAAAAUGUGGAGAUGGCAUCUAAAUUCAUUAAACAAUUUGAAUGCUUGGAGUUCAAUGCUAAAGAACUGGCAGCAACUAGUUCAACUCUCCAGGCUGAGUUAUCCAGAAAGGAUGAUGUAAUUAAAGGGUUACUGUAUGACCUGAGCUUGCUGCAGGAAUCUGCAUCUGAAUGUAAGGAUCACAAAGAUGAAAUUGAGGAAAUGGGAGCUACUAUAGAAACAUUGGAAGAUGGUCUUGCCGUUAAAUCAGGUGAGCUUGCUGCUGCAGUUGCUAACUGUCAAACGUUGGAAGCUCAGUUGCAGGACAAAUCGGAUGUUAUUGCAACUCUUGAAUUAAAUCUCUCAAGAGAACAGGAGUCUGUGAAAUUGCUAGUUAGUGAAAAAGGGGAACUUGGAGAUCAAAUUGAACGUGCAUUUGCAGCGAAAAGAUUGGCUGAAGAUGAGCUGACAGAGAAAAGAAAGAUCGCGGAGAGCUUAGAAAAUGAAAUCUCGGAAAUGAGCAGUACUCUUACCCAAAUGAAUGAACUUGCAACUGAGAGGGAUCGGCUUCAACUGCAGGUGCUUAGCCUUAGACAAAAGCUUGAAAAGGCUAGAGCAGAAGUUGAAGAAAGUGAAGCGAUGGCUCAAGAAGCUCAGCAGAUGGCAGAAUCAAGAAAGGUCUAUGCUGAGGACAAGGAAGCGGAGGUGAAGCUUUUAGAGCGAUCAGUUGAAGAGUUGGAGUGUACUAUAAAUGUACUAGAAAACAAAGUUGACAUACUAAAGGGAGAAGCAGAACGACAGCGGCUGCAGAGAGAAGAGCUGGAACUGGAGCUUCAUGCUGUCAAGCAUCAGAUGCAAAACAUUAGAAAUGCUGAUGCGGACAUGAGAAGGCUUUUGGAUGAAAAAAACAAAAGCGUUGAAGAAGCCCUAGAUCACGUACAAGUUCUUAAGAGAGAUUUGAUGGGAAAAGAUGCAGAGAUUGCCCAAAUGAAAGCUCAUAUUUCAGAGCUGAAUUUGCAUGCUGAAGCACAGGCAAAAGAGUACAAGCAGAAGUUCAAAGCACUCGAAGCUAUGGUUGAGCACGUCAAACCUGAAGGGGCCUUAUCCACCUAUACAAGUACAUCAUCACACAAGAUCGACAGGAAUGCAACCAAGCCUCGAGGUUCAGGUUCACCUUUUAAAUGCAUUGGGUUGGGCCUGGCACAACAGAUAAAAUCUGAGAAGGUUGAGGAGCUAGCCGCUGCAAGAUUCCGUAUUGAAGAGUUAGAAUCCUUGGCAGUAUGUCGACAGAAAGAGAUAUUUUCGCUGAAUGCUAGACUAGCUGCUGCUGAGAGCAUGACCCAUGAUGUAAUUCGAGACUUACUCGGAGUCAAGCUGGAUAUGACCACCUACGUGUCGCUAUUGGAUAAUCAGCAAGUGCAGAAGAUAACAGAGAAAGCUCAAUUUCAUGCUUCACAUUCUCAAGAGAAGGAUGAGGAGGUUAUUAAACUAAAGAAGCAGCUGAAUGAAUUUAUUGAAGAGAGGCAAGGGUGGCUGCAAGAAGUGGAUCGGAAACAAGCCGAAUUGGUGGCUGCGCAAAUUGCAUUGGAGAAACUUCGGCAGCGGGAACAGUCACUGAGAACUGAAAAUGAAAUUUUGAAGAUGGAGAAUGUGAAUAACAAGAACAAAGUUCUGGAGCUGGAAGAGGAAAUCAAGAAGCUGUCUGGUCAACAGAACCUUCAGCAGCGCAUUCAUCAUCAUGCUAAGAUUAAGGAGGAAAACAACAAGUUGAAGAUACAGAAUGAAGAACUCGGUACGAAGCUACGAAGAUCAGAAAUAUUCCUUUCACGUGUUAAAGAGGAACUUUCAACCCUUCGUGUUUCUGCUGGGAUUAAACCAUGCAUUGAUUUUGAGGAGGAGCAACGCUUGAUGAUGAAAUUUAAGGGAGUCGAGGAAGAGAAAGUGCUGUUGGCACAACAGUUACUGAGAUUGUGUACUAAUGUUCUAAAGGCUGCUGGAAUAACAAACCCUGUAUCAGAUAUAAACCCCUCAGUUGCUGAAGAGGCCCUAGAAGAGCUCAAGAAUAAGAUAGCAUCUCUGGAAUUGGAAAAGCAAGAUUUGAAGUACAAGAACAAAAUCAUAAACGAAAGGAUCAGAUUAUCUGAACUCAUGCCACAAGCUUCAUCAUUGAACUCUAGAACGGAGGAGAACCGUGUAACUCCCCCCAGAGCAUCCCAAUCUCCAUUUCUCUCCAGUUUUGAUCGAUAAUUAGGAUGACUUAGCCAUCAGCUAGCUGCGGCUUCACGUUGGUUCUUUUCUGUAAAUCUAGAAUUUUUUGUUUAUCUUGGUUUAUAUAUAUUAUGAUGUAAAUAAUUUAUAGACUGUACAGUUCAAGAAGAUAUUGAUAUAUGAACUACACAAAACAGAAAUGAUGGUUUACAUCAAGCCUCGGGGAGAGUUUCAAAAUUUUUACG